CUGUUCUCACUUAAAUACCCCACGAAACCCUAGCAACCGCCGCCUCCUCCACCUCCACCAAAUCCAAUCCACCUCCGAAAUGGAAUCCGCGACGCCAUCCAAGAGGGCCAAGACGGCGGCCGGUGUCGCCACCCCGCAGAAGAUGGGGAAGGCGGCGGCGGCGGCUGCGUUGGCCGACCAGUUCUUGACGCCGGAGAAGCCGACGCCGAAGGUUGCGGCGGCGGCGGCGGCGGCCGAGCAGAUCUGGACGCCGGAGAAGCCGAAGCAGCCGUCGGCGGCGGAGCGGAGGGCGCGGAGCAGCGGCGGCGUGGCGUUCUCUGUCAAGGGGGUCCGGCGGGCGGCGCUCGAGCUGCGGCGGCGGUCGGAGAGGGGGGCGGCGUCGCCGGCGGCGGCGGCGGCGGCGGCGGAGGACGAGCUCGAGGCCGUGGAGCGGCAGCUUGGUGUUGGUCCCGCGCCCGUCCGGAGCCCCGUCAAGCGCACGGCCAAGCUGCCGGAGAGCUACGAGAUGCUGUGCGAGUUCUUCAAUUGCUUCGAGAGUUCCACCCGGUUGCUCCGUAUGAAGGGAUCCAAGGCAUCCUUCCCCAACAUUUGUGCUAGCAUCCAGCAUUUGUCUGAACGGAGGUUUACCUACAGCCAUCUUGCUCAGCUUAAGUACAUAAUGCCUGAGGUUAUUGUUAUCAAUAAGAUCCUUUUGCGUGACGAGACGACUUGCUGCAUGAAGCCUGAUCUUCAGGUGAACCUCCUGGUUGAUGCGGUUGAGGGUGUUGCCAAGCAAAAGGGGGAAACCGGAUACUCGGCCUUGAGAAGGAUCUUCAGGCAGAGGCUUGUGGAUUACUUCAGAGACCAUCCUGAGGGACAUGACAUUCCAGAGCAUGAACUGCCACAUCCAUUUGGUCCAACAAGAUCAAGUGCACCCCAGGCCAUUCAAGAAGAUAUUCCCAAAACUGUUUCUGCGCUACCGUUGUCAUCUGCAACUGAUCGGCAGCCUGUUGCAAUGUCUCACAUGCCUAAUUCCUUCAAGAGAAUGUUUUCACAGCGAUCUGCGGCUGCUGCUGCUGCAACUACAAGCACAACCAGUCCGCUUUCAAAGGUUGAGCCCUCUAUUACCUCGCCAUUGAGCAGGAAGUCGCUGCUCGGUUCUCCUGUUUCUGGUAGUGUGAGCUUAGUCCGUGAAUCCGAAGGCCAAGAGAAAAGUGUCGAGGGUGUUGCAUUCCAGUCUGGUGUUUCAGAAGGAACUCCUGCAAAGUUUGCCUCUACGCCCGUGAGGUUAAUGGCAGAGACACCAGUCCUUCAAACCCCCAAAAGGCCUGUGUCUGGUACAGGCUAUGAUACUCCACCUCUCAAGAUGGCGAAGCGAUCUGCUAGGACGAAGCUCUUCAUGACACCGACGAAAGAUGCUAGCAGCAUGGAUGAGAAAAAGCAAAGCACAAGUGCGUCGACCCUUGAUGGUGAUGAUGAGUUGCUCAGUUUUCUCCCAAAGUCUCUCCUGCAAUCGGUGAAGGACAAGGAAAACAGAGCUUUGGUGGAGAAGCAAACCGGAUUUGCAGAUCACAUUAAAAGGGAGAAACUAAUAGCAUCACUGCCAAGCAUCUUUGACAUUAUCUUCCUUAUCUAUCAAUCAAGGCAGCGCACUGUGAUGACAAAGCAGGAGCUCAUCCACAAGAUAAUUGCAAGCAAUCCAAAAAUUGUGGACAGAGGUGAAGUUGAAGAUCAGUUAAAAUUGUUGGAAGAGAUAAUUCCAGACUGGAUCUCUGAGAAAACCGCACGAACUGGUGAUGUUCUCUGUUGUGUGGAUACAGCAAUGAGCCAAGCAGAGAUUCGACAGAGGCUGUAUGCUGCUGAAUAGGGAGGAACUGCAGUAUGGAUACAUUUUGGUUAGUACUGCAGGGAUGCCUAUCGAUAGCAACUUUACAACCACAGAGGCUUGAAGAAAUCAAGAUUAAACAAAUCGGAAUUAAUUUAGUUUAAUCAACAUAUUGCAGUCUUCACAUCCCGUUCAAGCUCAAAUGAAUGACUUGUAUAGAUAACCCAGCCUUGCUAACUGAUUGCUGUUGUUUUUUUGUUCCAUCGUGUGUAAACUCUAUUUGUAAAGCCUUGAAUGGCAUCAAUCCAGAAGAAAGGAUGUGUCUAUUGAAACUAUGUCUUGCUCUCUCAGAUGUUUCACUAUGCAUUCCUGAAUUACAUCAGAACAAGAUCUAUAUAUCAGCUGGAUAUUUUUCUA